AUGACAGAAUCUCUCGCUGCUUUCCGAGCCGGCCGAAGCGCAGAGCUCCGUAAACUCGCCGAGGAGCAUCUUGAGCAUGAUUUGAACCAAAAUGACCGCGAUAUUUUGAAACGCGCUGGGAGCAAAGUGUCCACACAAGCUACAGUGGGAUCCCUUCUUGGCCUGGGUUUGGGCAUUUACUGUGCAUUUCGCUUGCGAUCAAUGCGAAUGACCUACUUCAACGCCUUUAGAGCUAUGGAAAAGCCAGUAGAAAUCAAGUUUGCCGACGGCCGUACCAAAGCCAUCCCAGAUAUCACAGCUCAGCUCGCGCCCUCAAAGUGGAGUGAUGCAGCAACCUACUUCUUUUUCUCCGUUGGAGGUUUAUUUCUUGGUGGCGAAACUGGUCUUCUCUCAGGCACCGCAUCGGCGGCACGCACUAUCACAAAGGAUCCUGAUGCCAAGGAACGGAUAGAAAAGGCGUUCAAGAACUAUCGCAUUGAUGUGUUGAAGAAGGAGAUUCAAGAGUUGGAAGGCAAAUCGAAGUUUGAACAGCUUUUCGGCUAG